ACCUAACCUUUAUUGUUUGAUAAACAAAUGGAAAACAAAACAAAAAGUUCAAAUUUGAUAUAUAAUAAAUAAGUGGUAAAAAGAAAUGUUUAUUAAAACAAUCAAACCUGAUUUUAAAGCAAAUAAUUUUUUUAUAUCCAAUUUUUAUGGAGAAGAAAAAUGUUUUGUUUGGAGAGACGAUCAAUUAAUUGUUUUUUCAUACAACGAAAAUAAUGAUUCUGAUUGUACAUUACCUUUAACAAUUAUAACAGUACCUGGUACAUUAAAAACAAUUCAAAAUUUUGAUGAUCGUGUUUUUAUGAUUUGUAAGCCUUGUGGAAUUUAUAAAUUAACGGAAAAAUUACAAUUUGCAAAUUUAAGUAAAAGUGGCAUUGGAUUAGGAUGUCUCUUUUCAAAUGUAUUUUCAUUUUCCGAUAAAUGUGUACAUUUAGAAGAUAAACAAAACAAAACUGUUACAAAGUUAUUUCAAGUGCCAAGUGAUAGUGUUACUUCAGAUGAAUUUUCAAGUGUUAAAUUAAAUGUUAAUGAAACAGAUGAGGCCUUUAGAAUUGCAUUUUUAGAAGACAAUGAGGAAGGUGAUGUUUGUUUAAUUGCGUAUAACAAAUUUCUUUAUAAAUUGACAAAAAAUGUUAUAAUAUUAAUCUACAAUUGUGAUUAUACAAUUAAAGAUAUAAUACCUAUGCAAAAAAAUGGAGUAACUGCUGGCAUCGCACUUUUAACAAUUUCAACAGCUGUGAUUUUUAUUUAUUUGGAGGAAAAUGAAUUGAAAUACGAUAAAAUCUAUUUGAAUUAUGAUGGCAGUAGUAUAACAGCGUUCAGUGCUAAAAUUGAAAAUAAUUCAGAUCAUAUUUUAUUUAUUUAUUCCACAAAAUCAAAAACAUAUCAGUGUAGAAAAAAAUUUAGUUUUAAAUCUGUACAAACUAUUUUUGAAGAUGAUCGUGUUUAUAUUGCCUUAAGAUUUUACAAAUCUAAUUUUGCAUUAGGUCUAACUUCAUUUAACAAAUUGUGCAAGAUUCAUUUAAGAAAGACGUUUGAAAGUAUUUCGGAACAAGAUCGUAUUUAUGUUGAUAUGAAAUUGGAUAUGAUGCAAGGCACCGAAUUGAUAGUGGAUAAAAUUUGUGAGAGGGCAAAAGAGCUUCAACAUUUGAAUGACAUGUUACAAGAGCACAAAGAUAUUUUAAAUAGAAUCAAUAUGUAUGCAUAUGAAACACGUGAAAAAUAUUGUCCAGCGUUGCGUGUCAAAAAAUUGUCAAAUAAAACAUAUUUAGAAGCAAAAUUUCAAAAUGUUUUGCCUGUUAAUUCGCAAAUUGUAUUGGCCGCCAAUUGUGGUGAUCAAAGAACAUAUUCUAUCAAAAAUGUUGUCAGUUCAGAAACACAAAUUGAUUUACCAUUAAUACCACAAAGUAUAUCAAAAUCGAUUGAUGUAACUGUUGAUUUAAUAACUUAUAAUCCAAAGGAAGAAUCUGUUUGUAUGAUCAAAGAUUUUAUUAAAGAUCCAGAUAUAGAUGAACGAGGAAAUUUAUCAGCGCAAAAGGAGAAUUUUAUCAAACUUAAAAUGAGAGCACUCAAAAAUUUUAUAAACGAGGGAAAAAUAACAAUGGAACUAUUGUCUGAAAUGAAAAAUGAUAUUCGUAUCGAAAUGCAAAAUACGAAUUAAAAUUGCAAAACCUUUUUUUCUUUACUCUAUAUGCUCAAUGUAUUUGAUAAUUAAGUUAAUUUUUUUUAUACUAAAAUUAAACUAUUUCAUAUCAUUUAAAGUUAUAAAUAUACUAUUUUUGCAUUUAUAAAUUAUUUGUUGUUCUAAGUGUAGAAAAUAAAAAAAAAAUUUCUA